AUGUCGGAUCGUCCUCUGCUCGUGGCACGCAACUACAGCUACAGUCCCCACUAUGGUGCCCCUGGCAGAAGCUGUGAUGACGGUCCAGCACUUCCUGAGCAAAACAGAACAAUCGUGGAGAAGAGGCUCCUCCGUAAGUUGGACCUUCGAGUAGCAUUCCUGAUUCUGGUUUACAUCAUGAACUUUAUGGACCGCACUAAUAUAGCUGCAGCGAGGCUGCGUGGUUUUGAGGAGGACCUUGGCAUGAUGGGGAACCAAUUUAAUACACUCACCAGCAUCCUUUACGUGGGGUAUUUCUUGACACAAGCUCCUUCGUAUGUACCAGCACAUUAUCCUUUUGUGGCAUACCCGAGAAUUCACAUCAAAAGCAACAUGUUCUUAGAUCGCAUGAAAAGGCCAUCACUGUACCUCUCAAGUUGCAUGGCGAUAUGGGGUGCUAUCACCGUGUUUAUUGGUUUAGCUCGAACGUAUCAUACCGCUCUUAUCUUACGCUUCUUGAUUGGAUUUGUAGAGGCAGCGUUCUUUCCCGGAGCUGCAUUCCUUCUUUCACGAUGGUACAAGCGCAAUGAGCUAGAGUUACGCACAGCACUUCUUGCUUGCGGCGGCCAAGUCAGUAAUGCUUUUGGUGCCCUUAUGGCGUCAGGAAUUUUGUCAGGCCUAGAUGGUACCCUAGGUUUUACAGGAUGGAGGUGGCUCUUCUUUGUGGAGGGUACUUUGACUGUUGUGGUUGCAGUGUCUGCAAUCUGGAUUAUACCAGAUUUUCCGUCAAUGCCGAGCGUCUGGCUUUUGUCUGACGAACAAAUCCUGGCCAAACGACGGAUGGAGGAGGAAGUUACGACCGGAAACAAAGGCAAGCCCGUAGAAGGCUGGUCUGGUCUCGCCGAGGCUCUUAUGGAUUGGAGGGUAUGGUGGCUCGGUGCUGUUCGCACCUUGACAGACGCUUCUUUCGCGACUGUCAGUCUCUUACUCUGCGCACCUCCGUGGAUUUUGGGAACUGCAACUUUAUUUCUUGUAGCCAGGCACUCCGAUGCAACUGGUGAUCGCUUUUGGCAUAUCACUGGCCCUCUACUCGUCGGCAUUGUGGGGUUUAUCAUUUCCAUUUCAACUAUGCAUACGGCCGUUCGAUAUCUGGCCCUAUUUUUUAUGACUCAGGCCACAGUUGCCUCUGUUGUCUUGUUGACCUGGGUCAUGAAUACCUUUUCCCAGUCACAGUCCAAACGCGCUGCAGCCAUCGCACUAAUAAACUCCAUGUCAGCGUUUGGCUACAUCGGUGUACCGUACUUCUGGCCGUCCAGUUGGGGACCUUCAUACGUGAACUCAUAUCUCAUUUGCAUCUUGACAAGCAUCAUGCCUAUUAUAAUGUGCUGGAUAUUUAGGGAGCACCUUUCCCGGUGCAAUGAAGCUGCUGAAGCCGAAGAGCGAGCUCUAGGGCUGUCCAAGGGCUUUAGAUAUCUCCUAUAGCACUCGUUGCUCAACUGUCCCCCAGAAGCGGUGUUCAGUUGGUGCUCGGUGGGGUUUGCCUAUGAUAGGUCAAGGAGUGGUGGUGGGUCCAAACACAUUAAUGGACGAACAUGUCGCCGAUUUUCCGGCUCUUGUCUGAACGUUGUCAAAUGUACAGAUCUACUUACAUACUUGAGUAUUGUCA